AUGGUAAGCUCGCCCAAGGCAUUAGCUGAGGUUCUUGUCACAAACAGCUACGCCUUCCCAAAGCCAAGUCACUUUCGAUGGUCCAUCGGCCGCAUCCUUGGAGUUGGUGUCUUGCUCGCUGAGGGUGAUGAGCACAAGAUGCAGCGCCGUAACUUGACACCCGCAUUUGCCUUUCGUCAUAUCAAGAACUUGUAUCCGGUGUUCUGGCGAAAAGCUCGAGAAGUGACACAGACAAUGAUGGCAGAGUUCGGUCAACAAGAAGAGACGCAGGUGGAAAUCUCUGGUUGGGCAUCACGAGCAACACUCGACAUCAUCGGCCUUGCGGGGAUGGGACGAGACUUUGGUGCCAUACAGAACCCGGACAACACACUGGCACAAACAUACAGCAAGAUCUUUAAGCCGUCCCGUCAAGCCCAGAUCCUAGCUUUCGUUGGCAUGAUCAUUCCCAUGGAGUUCAUCACCAAGCUGCCAUUCCGUCGAAAUGAAGAUAUUGCCAAGGCUGCAAGCGAUAUUCGAGCAAUUUGUCGAGACCUGAUCCAGGAGAAGAAGACAAAGAUGGCCAACAAGGAGCAGGCUGACGUCGAUAUCCUCUCGGUGGCCCUUGAGAGUGGUGGCUUCACGGACGAGAACCUGGUAGAUCAGCUCAUGACAUUCCUCGCAGCUGGACACGAGACAACGGCGUCAGCCAUGACUUGGGCCAUCUACAUGCUCUCACGGCACAACGAUAUUCAGACCAGGCUCAGGGAAGAAAUACGAGAACGUUUACCAUCAGUUGAUUCAGAUGUCGAUAUUACCAGCCUCGAUAUCGAUCGCAUGCCGUAUCUGAACGCCGUGUGCAGUGAAGUUCUACGAUACUACGCACCUGUACCAUUGACAAUGCGCGAUGCUGCUUAUGACACAACAAUUCUCGGCCAGCCGAUCCGCCGUGGUACUAGAAUUGUCAUAGUGCCUUGGGCGACACACUUCGACCACGAUCUCUGGGGGCCAGAUGCAGAUCAGUUCAACCCAGACCGGUGGCUGUCAGCAGGCGGAGAGAGCAAAAGCGGUGCCGAUCGAAAGGCCGCAAGCGGGGGAGCGAGUAGCAACUACGCGUUCCUGACCUUCUUGCAUGGGCCGCGAAGCUGUAUCGGAUCAAGUUUUGCAAAGGCAGAGUUCGCUUGUCUCCUAGCAGCAUGGAUCGGUCGCUUCGAGUUCUCGCUGGCGAAUCCGGAGGAGAUGGACGAGAAGAAUGUGGAAAUUCGGGGCGGUGUAACGGCCCGGCCCGCUAAAGGGAUGCACGUCAAGGUUAAGGUCGUCAGCGGAUACUGA